AUGUUUUGUAAUAUUGACCCGCGCACCUACCUGUUGAACUGUCAACAUUUUGCUCAAUUACAGGUCCUUCUAAGUUGUGUCAUUUGGCUUGCCCUUUGGCAAGCUGCUAAUGCAGCGCUGGAUGGCAGUGAAAUUCAAUUCGCGGACGAAUCAGAAACAGAAUCUGCCACAAAAUACCCUGAUUACUGCUGGCUAGAUCCUUUUCUUCCAGGAUGCCCAUAUGGUCCAGAUGAUGGGAGUACAUCGACCACUGAGACUUCAACACCGGCAACAACAAAUACAAAUACAGUCACAUCCACUGAGAGAACCCAAAAGACAGCUACUGAAAAGGGAACGACCACCGAGAAAACAACAACUCUAAACACCACCACCAUUAAACCUACACCAGAGUCAAGGACAACUCAUGAGCCAACCACUCGAAAGACAACAACCCAUAAGACAACAGUAAAGCCAACGACCAAAAAGACCACAACUAAAAGGACGACACAUGAACCCACAACUAAGGGAUCAACCACUUUAAGGACUACUGCGGAACCAAUCACUCGUAAAACAUCUACUAGAAAGACUAGUACAGAGCAAACCACUACGGAGGAAACAACUGAAAAGACAACUCAUGAGCCAUCCACUGAGAAAACAACGACCCAUAAGACAACAGUUGAACCUACGACCAAGAAGACAACAACUAAACGGACGACUCAUAAACCCACAACUAAGGGAUCAACCACUUUAAGGACUACUGCGGAACCAACCACUCAUAAAACAUCUAAUACAAAGACUAGUACAGAGCAAACCCCUACGGAGGAAACAACUGAAAAGACAACUCAUGAGCCAUCCACUGAGAAAACAACGACCCAUAAGACAACAGUUGAACCUACGACCAAGAAGACAACCACUAAAAGGACGACUCCUGAACCCACAACUAGGGGAUCAACCACUUUAAGGACUACUGCAGAACCAACCACACGUAAGACAUCUACUACAAAGACUAGUACAGAGCCAACAACUACAGAGAAAACAACUGAAAAGACAACUCAUGAGCCAACCACUGAGAAAACAACGAGCCAUAAGACAACAGUAGAACCUAGGACCAAGAAGACAACAACUAAAAGGACGACACAUGAACCCACAACUAAGGGAUCAACCACUUUAAGGACUACUGCAGAACCAACCACUCGUAAAACAUCUAAUACAAAGACUAGUACAGAGCAAACCACUACGGAAGAAACAACUGAAAAGACAACUCAUGAGCCAGCGACUCAGAAAACAACGACCCAUAAGACAACAGUUGAACCAACGACCAAGAAGACAACAACUAAAAGGACGACACAUGAACCCAUAACUAAGGGAUCAACCACUUUAAGGACUACUGCAGAACCAACCACUCGUAAAAAAUCGACUACAAAGACUAGUACAGAGCCAACAACUACGGAGAAAACAACUGAAAAGACAACUCAUGAGCCAACCACUGAGAAAACAACGACCCAUAAGACAACAGUUGAACCUACGACCAAGAAGACAACCACUAAAAGGACGACUCCUGAACCCACAACUAGGGGAUCAACCACUUUAAGGACUACUGCAGAACCAACCACACGUAAGACAUCUACUACAAAGACUAGUAGAGACCCAACAACCACAGAAGAAACAACUGAACAGACAACUCAUGAGCCAGCGACUCAGAAAACAACGAGCUAUAAGACAACAGUAGAACCUAGGACCAAGAAGACAACAACUAAAAGGACGACACAUGAACCCAUAACUAAGGGAUCAACCACUUUAAGGACUACUGCAGAACCAACCACUCGUAAAAAAUCGACUACAAAGACUAGUACAGAGCCAACAACUACGGAGAAAACAACUGAAAAGACAACUCAUGAGCCAACCACUGAGAAAACAACGACCCAUAAGGCAACAGUUGAACCUACGACCAAGAAGACAACAACUAAAAGGACGACACAUGAACCCACAACUAAGGGAUCAACCACUUUAAGGACUCCUGCAGAACCAACCACACGUAAGACAUCUACUACAAAGACUAGUACAGAGCCAACAACCACAGAGGAAACAACUGAACAGACAACUCAUGAGCCAGCGACUCAGAAAACAACGACCCAUAAGACAACAGUUGAACGAACGACCAAGAAGACAACAACUAAAAGGACGACACAUGAACCCACAACUAAGGGAUCAACCACUUUAAGGACUACUGCAGAACCAACCACUCGUAAAACAGCUAAUACAAAGACUAGUACAGAGCAAACCACUACGGAAGAAACAACUGAAAAGACAACUCAUGAGCCAACCACUGAGAAAACAACGACCCAUAAGGCAACAGUUGAACCUACGACCAAGAAGACAACAACUAAAAGGACGACACAUGAACCCACAACUAAGGGAUCAACCACUUUAAGGACUCCUGCAGAACCAACCACACGUAAGACAUCUACUACAAAGACUAGUACAGAGCCAACAACCACAGAGGAAACAACUGAACAGACAACUCAUGAGCCAGCGACUCAGAAAACAACGAGCCAUAAGACAACAGUAGAACCUACGACCAAGAAGACAACAACUAAAAGGACGACACAUGAACCCACAACUGAGGGAUCAACCACUUUAAGGACUACUGCAGAACCAACAACACGUAAGACAUCUACUACAAAGACUAGUACAGAGCCAACUACGGAGGAAACAAGUGAAAAGACAACUCGUGAGCCAACCACUGAGAAAACAACGACCCAUAAGACAACAGUAGAACCUAGGACCAAGAAGACAACAACUAAAAGGACGACACAUGAACCCACAACUAAGGGAUCAACCACUUUAAGGACUACUGCAGAACCAACCACUCGUAAAAAAUCGACUACAAAGACUAGUACAGAGCCAACAACCACAGAGGAAACAACUGAACAGACAACUCAUGAGCCAGCGACUCAGAAAACAACGAGCCAUAAGACAACAGUAGAACCUAGGACCAAGAAGACAACAACUAAAAGGACGACACAUGAACCCACAACUAAGGGAUCAACCACUUUAAGGACUACCGCAGAACCAACCACACGUAAGACAUCUACUACAAAGACUAGUACAGAGCCAACAACCACAGAGGAAACAACUGAACAGACAACUCAUGAGCCAGCGACUCAGAAAACAACGACCCAUAAGACAACAGUUGAACCAACGACCAAGAAGACAACAACUAAAAGGACGACACAAGAACCCACAACUAAGGGAUCAACCACUUUAAGGACUACCGCAGAACCAACCACACGUAAGACAUCUACUACAAAGACUAGUACAGAGCCAACAACCACAGAGGAAACAACUGAACAGACAACUCAUGAGCCAGCGACUCAGAAAACAACGACCCAUAAGACAACAGUUGAACCUACGACCAAGAAGACAACAACUAAAAGGACGACACAUGAACCCACAACUGAGGGAUCAACCACUUUAAGGACUACUGCAGAACCAAAUACACGUAAGACAUCUACUAAAAAGACUAGUACAGAGCCAACAACCACAGAGGAAACAACUGAACAGACAACUCAUGAGCCAGCGACUCAGAAAACAACGACCCAUAAGACAACAGUUGAACCAACGACCAAGAAGACAACAACUAAAAGGACGACACAUGAACCCACAACUAAGGGAUCAACCACUUUAAGGACUACUGCGGAACCAAUCACUCGUAAAACAUCUACUAGAAAGACUAGUACAGAGCAAACCACUACGGAGGAAACAACUGAACAGACAACUCAUGAGCCAGCGACUCAGAAAACAACGAGCCACAAGACAACAGUAGAACCUACGACCAAGAAGACAACAACUAAAAGGACGACACAUGAACCCACAACUAAGGAAUCAACCACUUUAAGGACUACUGCAGAACCAACCACACGUAAGACAUCUACUACAAAGACUAGUACAGAGCCAACAACCACAGAAGAAACAACUGAACAGACAACUCAUGAGCCAGCGACUCAGAAAACAACGAGCCAUAAGACAACAGUAGAACCUAGGACCAAGAAGACAACAACUAAAAGGACGACACAUGAACCCACAACUAAGGGAUCAACCACUUUAGGGACUACUGCAGAACCAACCACACGUAAGACAUCUACUACAAAGACUAGUACAGAGCCAACAACUACGGAGAAAACAACUGAAAAGACAACUCAUGAUCCAACCACUGAGAAAACAACGACCCAUAAGGCAACAGUUGAACCUACGACCAAGACGACAACAACUAAAAGGACGACACAUGAACCCACAACUGAGGGAUCAACCACUUUAAGGACUACUGCAGAACCAACCACACGUAAGACAUCUACUACAAAGACUAGUACAGAGCCAACAACCACAGAGGAAACAACUGAACAGACAACUCAUGAGCCAGCGACUCAGAAAACAACGACCCAUAAGACAACAGUUGAACCUACGACCAAGAAGACAACAACUAAAAGGACGACACAUGAACCCACAACUAAGGGAUCAACCACUUUAAGGACUACCGCAGAACCAACCACACGUAAGACAUCUACUACAAAGACUAAUACAGAGCCAACAACUACAGAGAAAACAACUGAAAAGACAACUCAUGAGCCAACCACUGAGAAAACAACGACCCAUAAGGCAACAGUUGAACCAACGACCAAGAAGACAACAACUAAAAGGACGACACAUGAACCCACAACUAAGGGAUCAACAACUUUAAGGACUACUGCGAAACCAACCACUCGUAAAACAUCUAAUACAAAGACUAGUACAGAGCAAACCACUACGGAAGAAACAACUGAAAAGACAACUCAUGAGCCAACCACUCAGAAAACAACGAGCCAUAAGACAACAGUAGAACCUACGACCAAGAAGACAACAACUAAAAGGACGACACAUGAACCCACAACUGAGGGAUCAACCACUUUAAGGACUACUGCAGAACCAACCACACGUAAGACAUCUACUACAAAGACUAGUACAGAGCCAACUACGGAGGAAACAAGUGAAAAGACAACUCGUGAGCCAACCACUGAGAAAACAACGACCCAUAAGACAACAGUAGAACCUAGGACCAAGAAGACAACAACUAAAAGGACGACACAUGAACCCACAACUAAGGGAUCAACCACUUUAAGGACUACUGCAGAACCAACCACUCGUAAAAAAUCGACUACAAAGACUAGUACAGAGCCAACAACCACAGAGGAAACAACUGAACAGACAACUCAUGAGCCAGCGACUCAGAAAACAACGAGCCAUAAGACAACAGUAGAACCUAGGACCAAGAAGACAACAACUAAAAGGACGACACAUGAACCCACAACUAAGGGAUUAACCACUUUAGGGACUACUGCAGAACCAACCACACGUAAGACAUCUACUACAAAGACUAAUACAGAGCCAACAACUACAGAGAAAACAACUGAAAAGACAACUCAUGAGCCAACCACUGAGAAAACAACGACCCAUAAGGCAACAGUAGAACCUAGGACCAAGAAGACAACAACUAAAAGGACGACACAUGAACCCACAACUAAGGGAUUUACCACUUUAGGGACUACUGCAGAACCAACCACACGUAAGACAUCUACUACAAAGACUAGUACAGAGCCAACAACCACAGAGGAAACAACUGAACAGACAACUCAUGAGCCAGCGACUCAGAAAACAACGAGCCAUAAGACAACAGUAGAACCUACGACCAAGAAGACAACAACUAAAAGGACGACACAUGAACCCACAACUGAGGGAUCAACCACUUUAAGGACUACUGCAGAACCAAAUACACGUAAGACAUCUACUACAAAGACUAGUACAGAGCCAACAACCACAGAGGAAACAACUGAACAGACAACUCAUGAGCCAGCGACUCAGAAAACAACGACCCAUAAGACAACAGUUGAACCAACGACCAAGAAGACAACAACUAAAAGGACGACACAUGAACCCACAACUAAGGGAUCAACCACUUUAAGGACUACCGCAGAACCAACCACACGUAAGACAUCUACUACAAAGACUAGUACAGAGCCAACAACCACAGAGGAAACAACUGAACAGACAACUCAUGAGCCAGCGACUCAGAAAACAACGACCCAUAAGACAACAGUUGAACCAACGACCAAGAAGACAACAACUAAAAGGACGACACAUGAACCCACAACUAAGGGAUCAACCACUUUAAGGACUACUGCGGAACCAAUCACUCGUAAAACAUCUACUAGAAAGACUAGUACAGAGCAAACCACUACGGAGGAAACAAGUGAAAAAACAACUCGUGAGCCAACCACUGAGAAAACAACGACCCAUAAGACAACAGUAGAACCUAGGACCAAGAAGACAACAACUAAAAGGACGACACAUGAACCCACAACUAAGGGAUCAACCACUUUAAGGACUACUGCAGAACCAACCACUCGUAAAAAAUCGACUACAAAGAGUAGUACAGAGCCAACAACCACUGAGGAAACAACUGAACAGACAACUCAUGAGCCAGCGACUCAGAAAACAACGAGCCAUAAGACAACAGUAGAACCUUGGACCAAGAAGACAACAACUAAAAGGACGACACAUGAACCCACAACUAAGGGAUCAACCACUUUAAGGACUACUGCAGAACCAACCACACGUAAGACAUCUACUACAAAGACUAGUACAGAGCCAACAACCACAGAGGAAACAACUGAACAGACAACUCAUGAGCCAGCGACUCAGAAAACAACGAGCCAUAAGACAACAGUAGAACCUACGACCAAGAAGACAACAACUAAAAGGACGACACAUGAACCCACAACUGAGGGAUCAACCACUUUAAGGACUACUGCAGAACCAACCACACGUAAGACAUCUACUACAAAGACUAGUACAGAGCCAACAACCACAGAGGAAACAACUGAACAGACAACUCAUGAGCCAGCGACUCAGAAAACAACGACCCAUAAGACAACAGUUGAACCUACGACCAAGAAGACAACAACUAAAAGGACGACACAUGAACCCACAACUAAGGGAUCAACCACUUUAAGGACUACCGCAGAACCAACCACACGUAAGACAUCUACUACAAAGACUAAUACAGAGCCAACAACUACAGAGAAAACAACUGAAAAGACAACUCAUGAGCCAACCACUGAGAAAACAACGACCCAUAAGGCAACAGUUGAACCAACGACCAAGAAGACAACAACUAAAAGGACGACACAUGAACCCACAACUAAGGGAUCAACAACUUUAAGGACUACUGCGAAACCAACCACUCGUAAAACAUCUAAUACAAAGACUAGUACAGAGCAAACCACUACGGAAGAAACAACUGAAAAGACAACUCAUGAGCCAACCACUGAGAAAACAACGACCCAUAAGGCAACAGUUGAACCUACGACCAAGAAGACAACAACUAAAAGGACGACACAUGAACCCACAACUAAGGGAUCAACCACUUUAGGGACUACUGCAGAACCAACCACACGUAAGACAUCUACUACAAAGACUAGUACAGAGCCAACAACCACAGAGGAAACAACUGAACAGACAACUCAUGAGCCAGCGACUCAGAAAACAACGAGCCACAAGACAACAGUAGAACCUACGACCAAGAAGACAACAACUAAAAGGACGACACAUGAACCCACAACUGAGGGAUCAACCACUUUAAGGACUACUGCAGAACCAACCACUCGUAAAAAAUCGACUACAAAGAUUAGUACAGAGCCAACAACUACGGAGAAAACAACUGAAAAUACAACUCAUGAGCCAACCACUGAGAAAACAACGAGCCAUAAGACAACAGUAGAACCUAGGACCAAGAAGACAACAACUAAACGGAGGACUCAUAAACCCACAACUAAAGGAUCAACAACUUUAAGGACUACUGCGGAACCAACCACACGUAAGACAUCUACUACAAAGACUAGUACAGAGCCAACAACCACAGAGGAAACAACUGAACAGACAACUCAUGAGCCAGCGACUCAGAAAACAACGAGCCAUAAGACAACAGUAGAACCUACGACCAAGAAGACAACAACUAAAAGGACGACACAUGAACCCACAACUGAGGGAUCAACCACUUUAAGGACUACUGCAGAACCAACCACACGUAAGACAUCUACUACAAAGACUAGUACAGAGCCAACUACGGAGGAAACAAGUGAAAAGACAACUCGUGAGCCAACCACUGAGAAAACAACGACCCAUAAGACAACAGUAGAACCUAGGACCAAGAAGACAACAACUAAAAGGACGACACAUGAACCCACAACUAAGGGAUCAACCACUUUAAGGACUACUGCAGAACCAACCACUCGUAAAAAAUCGACUACAAAGACUAGUACAGAGCCAACAACCACAGAGGAAACAACUGAACAGACAACUCAUGAGCCAGCGACUCAGAAAACAACGAGCCAUAAGACAACAGUAGAACCUACGACCAAGAAGACAACAACUAAAAGGACGACACAUGAACCCACAACUGAGGGAUCAACCACUUUAAGGACUACUGCAGAACCAACCACACGUAAGACAUCUACUACAAAGACUAGUACAGAGCCAACAACCACAGAGGAAACAACUGAACAGACAACUCAUGAGCCAGCGACUCAGAAAACAACGAGCCAUAAGACAACAGUAGAACCUACGACCAAGAAGACAACAACUAAAAGGACGACACAUGAACCCACAACUGAGGGAUCAACCACUUUAAGGACUACUGCAGAACCAACCACACGUAAGACAUCUACUACAAAGACUAGUACAGAGCCAACUACGGAGGAAACAAGUGAAAAGACAACUCGUGAGCCAACCACUGAGAAAACAACGACCCAUAAGACAACAGUAGAACCUAGGACCAAGAAGACAACAACUAAAAGGACGACACAUGAACCCACAACUAAGGGAUCAACCACUUUAAGGACUACUGCAGAACCAACCACUCGUAAAAAAUCGACUACAAAGACUAGUACAGAGCCAACAACCACAGAGGAAACAACUGAACAGACAACUCAUGAGCCAGCGACUCAGAAAACAACGAGCCAUAAGACAACAGUAGAACCUAGGACCAAGAAGACAACAACUAAAAGGACGACACAUGAACCCACAACUAAGGGAUCAACCACUUUAAGGACUACUGCAGAACCAACCACACGUAAGACAUCUACUACAAAGACUAAUACAGAGCCAACAACUACAGAGAAAACAACUGAAAAGACAACUCAUGAGCCAACCACUGAGAAAACAACGACCCAUAAAGCAACAGUUGAACCUACGACCAAGAAGACAACAACUAAAAGGACGACACAUGAACCCACAACUAAGGGAUCAACCACUUUAAGGACUACUGCAGAACCAACCACACGUAAGACAUCUACUACAAAGACUAGUACAGAGCCAACAACCACAGAGGAAACAACUGAACAGACAACUCAUGAGCCAGCGACUCAGAAAACAACGAGCCAUAAGACAACAGUAGAACCUACGACCAAGAAGACAACAACUAAAAGGACGACACAUGAACCCACAACUGAGGGAUCAACCACUUUAAGGACUACUGCAGAACCAACCACACGUAAGACAUCUACUACAAAGACUAGUACAGAGCCAACAACCACAGAGGAAACAACUGAACAGACAACUCAUGAGCAAUCGACUCAGAAAACAACGAGCCAUAAGACAACAGUAGAACCUAGGACCAAGAAGACAACAACUAAAAGGACGACACAUGAACCCACAACUAAGGGAUCAACCACUUUAGGGACUACUGCAGAACCAACCACACGUAAGACAUCUACUACAAAGACUAGUACAGAGCCAACAACUACGGAGAAAACAACUGAAAAGACAACUCAUGAUCCAACCACUGAGAAAACAACGACCCAUAAGGCAACAGUUGAACCUACGACCAAGACGACAACAACUAAAAGGACGACACAUGAACCCACAACUAAGGGAUCAACCACUUUAAGGACUACUGCAGAACCAACCACUCGUAAAACAUCUAAUACAAAGACUAGUACAGAGCAAACCACUACGGAAGAAACAACUGAAAAGACAACUCAUGAGCCAACCACUGAGAAAACAACGACCCAUAAGGCAACAGUUGAACCUACGACCAAGAAGACAACAACUAAAAGGACGACACAUGAACCCACAACUAAGGGAUCAACCACUUUAAGGACUACUGCAGAACCAACCACACGUAAGACAUCUACUACAAAGACUAGUACAGAGCCAACAACCACAGAGGAAACAACUGAACAGACAACUCAUGAGCCAGCGACUCAGAAAACAACGAGCCAUAAGACAACAGUAGAACCUACGACCAAGAAGACAACAACUAAAAGGACGACACAUGAACCCACAACUGAGGGAUCAACCACUUUAAGGACUACUGCAGAACCAACCACACGUAAGACAUCUACUACAAAGACUAGUACAGAGCCAACUACGGAGGAAACAAGUGAAAAGACAACUCGUGAGCCAACCACUGAGAAAACAACGACCCAUAAGACAACAGUAGAACCUAGGACCAAGAAGACAACAACUAAAAGGACGACACAUGAACCCACAACUAAGGGAUCGACCACUUUAAGGACUACUGCAGAACCAACCACUCGUAAAAAAUCGACUACAAAGACUAGUACAGAGCCAACAACCACAGAGGAAACAACUGAACAGACAACUCAUGAGCCAGCGACUCAGAAAACAACGAGCCAUAAGACAACAGUAGAACCUAGGACCAAGAAGACAACAACUAAAAGGACGACACAUGAACCCACAACUAAGGGAUUAACCACUUUAGGGACUACUGCAGAACCAACCACACGUAAGACAUCUACUACAAAGACUAAUACAGAGCCAACAACUACAGAGAAAACAACUGAACAGACAACUCAUGAGCCAACCACUGAGAAAACAACGAGCCAUAAGACAACAGUAGAACCUAGGACCAAGAAGACAACAACUAGAAGGACGACACAUCAACCCACAACUAAGGGAUCAACAACUUUAAGGACUACUGCAGAACCAAUCACUCGUAGAACAUCUACUACAAAGACUAGUGCAGAGCCAACUACGGAGGAAACAACUGAAAAGACAACUCAUGAGCCAACCACUGAUAAAACAACGACCCAUAAGACAACAGUUGAACCAACGACCAAGAAGACAACAACUAAAAGGACGACACAUGAACCCGCUACCAAGAAAUCAACAACUAUAAGGACUACUGUGGAACCAACCACCCGUAAAACAUCUACCACAAAGCCUUCUACGACUAAGAAGGCAACAACUGGAAGGACAACUCAUGAGCCAACCACUCGGAAGACAACAAGCCAUAAGACAACAGUAAAGCCAACGACCAAGAAGACUACAACCAAAAGAACGACGCAUGAACCCACUACAACGACUAAGACUAAGACAACAGUAAAACCAACGACCAAGAAGAGUACAACCAAAAGAUCGACGCAUGAAGCCGCUACCAAGAAAUCAACAACUUUAAGGACUACUGUAGAACCAACCACUCGUAAAACAUCUACCACAAAGCCUACUACGACUAAGAAGGCAACAACUGAGAAGACAACUCAUGAGCCAACCACUCGGAAGACAACAACCCAUAAGACAACAGUAAAGCCAACGACCAAGAAGAAAACAACCAAAAGAUCGACGCAUGAACCCACUACCAAGAAAUCAACAACUUUAAGGACUACUGUGGAACCAACCACUCGUAAAACAUCUACCACAAAGCCUACUACGACUAAGAAGGCAACAACUGAGAAGACAACUCAUGAGCCAACCACUCGGAAGACAACAACCCAUAAGACAACAGUAAAGCCAACGACCAAGAAGACUACAACCAAAAGAACGACGCAUGAACCCACUACUUCGACUAAGACUAAGACAACAGUAAAAUCAACGACCAAGAAGACUACAACCAAAAAAACGACGCAUGAACCCACUACCAAGAAAUCAACAACUUUAAGGACUACUGUGGAACCAACCACUCGUAAAACAUCUACCACAAAGCCUACUACGACUAAGAAGGCAAGAACUGAAAAGACAACUCAUGAGCCAACCACUCGGAAGACAACAACCCAUAAGACAACAGUAAAGCCAACGACCAAGAAGACCACUACCAAGAAAUCAACAACUUUAAGGACUACUGUGAAACCAACCACUCGUAAAACAUCUACCACAAAGCCUACUACGACUAAGAAGGCAACAACUGAAAAGACAACUCAUGAGCCAACCACUCGGAAGACAGCAACCCAUAAGACAACAGUAAAGCCAACGACCAAGAAGACUACAACCAAAAGAACGACGCAUAAACCCACUACCAAGAAAUCAACAACUUUAAGGACUACUGUGGAACCAACCACUCGUAAAACAUCUACCACAAGGCCUACUACGACUAAGAAGGCAACAACUGAAAAGACAACUCAUGAGCCAACCACUCGGAAGAUAACAACCCAUAAGACAACAGUAAAGCCCACGACCAAGAAGACCACAACCAAAAGAACGACGCAUAAACCCACUACCAAGAAAUCAACAACUUUAAGGACUACUGUAGAACCAAUCACUCGUAAAACAUCUACCACAAAGCCUACUUCGACCAAGAAGGCAACCACUGAAAAGACAACUUAUGAGCCAACCACUCGGAAGGCAACAAGCCAUAAGACAACAGUAAAGCCAACGACCAAGAAGACCACAACCAAAAGAACGACGCAUGAACCCACUACUACGACUAAGACUAAGACAACAGUAAAGCCAACGACCAAGAAGACUACAACCAAAAGAACGACGCAUGAACCCACUACCAAGAAAUCAACAACUUUAAGGACUACUGUGAAACCAACCACUCGUAAAACAUCUACCACAAAGCCUACUACGACUAUGAAGGCAACAACUGAAAAGACAACUCAUGAGCCAACCACUCGGAAGACAACAACCCAUAAGACAACAGUAAAGCCAACGACCAAGAAGACCACUACCAAGAAAUCAACAACUUUAAGGACUACUGUGAAACCAACCACUCGUAAAACAUCUACCACAAAGCCUACUACGACUAAGAAGGCAAGAACUGAAAAGACAACUCAUGAGCCAACCACUCGGAAGACAACAACCCAUAAGACAACAGUAAAGCCAACGACCAAGAAGACCACUACCAAGAAAUCAACAACUUUAAGGACUACUGUGAAACCAACCACUCGUAAAACAUCUACCACAAAGCCUACUACGACUAAGAAGGCAACAACUGAAAAGACAACUCAUGAGCCAACCACUCGGAAGACAGCAACCCAUAAGACAACAGUAAAGCCAACGACCAAGAAGACUACAACCAAAAGAACGACGCAUAAACCCACUACCAAGAAAUCAACAACUUUAAGGACUACUGUGGAACCAACCACUCGUAAAACAUCUACCACAAGGCCUACUACGACUAAGAAGGCAACAACUGAAAAGACAACUCAUGAGCCAACCACUCGGAAGAUAACAACCCAUAAGACAACAGUAAAGCCCACGACCAAGAAGACCACAACCAAAAGAACGACGCAUAAACCCACUACCAAGAAAUCAACAACUUUAAGGACUACUGUAGAACCAAUCACUCGUAAAACAUCUACCACAAAGCCUACUUCGACCAAGAAGGCAACCACUGAAAAGACAACUUAUGAGCCAACCACUCGGAAGGCAACAAGCCAUAAGACAACAGUAAAGCCAACGACCAAGAAGACCACAACCAAAAGAACGACGCAUGAACCCACUACUACGACUAAGACUAAGACAACAGUAAAGCCAACGACCAAGAAGACUACAACCAAAAAAACGACGCAUGAACCCACUACCAAGAAAUCAACAACUUUAAGGACUACUGUGGAACCAACCACUCGUAAAACAUCUACCACAAAGCCUACUACGACUAUGAAGGCAACAACUGAAAAGACAACUCAUGAGCCAACCACUCGGAAGACAACAACCCAUAAGACAACAGUAAAGCCAACGACCAAGAAGACCACUACCAAGAAAUCAACAACUUUAAGGACUACUGUGAAACCAACCACUCGUAAAACAUCUACCACAAGGCCUACUACGACUAAGAAGGCAACAACUGAAAAGACAACUCAUGAGCCAACCACUCGGAAGACAGCAACCCAUAAGACAACAGUAAAGCCAACGACCAAGAAGACUACAACCAAAAGAACGACGCAUAAACCCACUACCAAGAAAUCAACAACUUUAAGGACUACUGUAGAACCAAUCACUCGUAAAACAUCUACCACAAAGCCUACUUCGACCAAGAAGGCAACCACUGAAAAGACAACUCAUGAGCCAACCACUCGGAAGACAACAAGCCAUAAGACAACAGUAAAGCCAACGACCAAGAAGACCACAACCAAAAGAACGACGCAUGAACCCACUACUACGACUAAGACUGAGACAACAGUAAAGCCAACGACCAAGAAGACUACAACCAAAAAAACGACGCAUGAACCCACUACCAAGAAAUCAACAACUUUAAACUCUUCUGUGGAACCAACCACUCGUAAGACAUCUACCACAAAGCCUACUACGACUAAGAAGGCAACAACUGAAAAGACAACUCAUGAGCCAACCACUCGGAAGACAACAACCCAUAAGACAACAGUAAAGCCAACGACCAAGAAGACUACAACCAAAAGAACGACGCAUAAACCCACUACCAAGAAAUCAACAACUUUAAGGACUACUGUGGAACCAACCACUCGUAAAACAUCUACCACAAGGCCUACUACGACUAAGAAGGCAACAACUGAAAAGACAACUCAUAAGCCAACCACUCGGAAGAUAACAACCCAUAAGACAACAGUAAAGCCCACGACCAAGAAGACUACAACCAAAAGAACGACGCAUAAACCCACUACCAAGAAAUCAACAACUUUAAGGACUACUGUGAAACCAACCACUCGAAAAACAUCUACCACAAGGCCUACUACGACUAAGAAGGCAACAACUGAAAAGACAACUCAUGAGCCAACCACUCGGAAGAUAACAACCCAUAAGACAACAGUAAAGCCCACGACCAAGAAGACUACAACCAAAAGAACGACGCAUAAACCCACUACCAAGAAAUCAACAACUUUAAGGACUACUGUAGAACCAAUCACUCGUAAAACAUCUACCACAAAGCCUACUUCGACCAAGAAGGCAACCACUGAAAAGACAACUCAUGAGCCAACCACUCGGAAGACAACAAGCCAUAAGACAACAGUAAAGCCAACGACCAAGAAGACCACAACCAAAAGAACGACGCAUGAACCCACUACUACGACUAAGACUAAGACAACAGUAAAGCCAACGACCAAGAAGACUACAACCAAAAGAACGACGCAUGAACCCACUACCAAGAAAUCAACAACUUUAAGGACUACUGUGAAACCAACCACUCGUAAAACAUCUACCACAAAGCCUACUACCACUAAGAAAGCAACAACUAAAAAGACAACUCAUGAGCCAACCACUCGAAUAACAACAACCCAUAAGACAACAGUAAAGCCAACGACCAAGAAGACUACAACCAAAAGAACGACGCAUGAACCCACUACCAAAAAAUCAACCACUUUAAAGACUUCUGUAGAACCAACCACUCAUAAAACAUCUACUACAAAGCCUACAACGACUAAGAAGGCAACAACCGAGAAGACAACUCGUGUACCAACCACUCGGAAAACAACAACCCAUAAGACAACAGUAAAGCCAACGACCAAAAAGACUACAACCAAAAGAACGACGCAUGAACCCACUACCAAGAAAUCAACAACUCUAAGGACCACUGCAGAACCAACCACUCGUAAAACAUCUAACACAAAGACUACUGGGAAGUCAACCACACGGGAGCCAACCACAUCGGGUAAUACAACAGCAGAACAAACAACAAAAAGAACGACAGAUAAAAUAAAUACAACAACUCAAAAACCAACAUCCGUAGAAACUACAACCAAUUCUUCAAAUCAGCGCAAAACUACCACGGAAUCUUCCACCACCGAAGAGCAGCAUAUUCACCACCAUCAUCACCACAUUCAUUAUCACAAGCCCGCUGAUACAGGUCCAUCCUUUAUUCCACUUCCUAAUCUUCCGCCGCUGCCGUUGCCCCUGCCCUGGCCACCACUUCCACUUCCCGAUUUCCCUCUACCUUUGCCUCCUUUACCUGCUGUGUUGCCACCGCUGCCUGCACUCCCACCAUUGCCAGAAGUAAACUUAACAGAAAUUUCCUUACCCGAAAUUUCCCUUCCCAAUUUGCCACCACUACCACAAUUGCCGAAUCCUUUUGGUGGACUUCCAAACUUAUUUGGGUGAUAGUUAACCACUAAAAAUGAGGCGGCCUUCAAUAUGUAUAAAUAUACAAAAUUAUUGUUAAUGGCUAUGGAAAUGUGAAAGUAAAUUAACCAGACGGAAUACUGAGUUGGGAAAUCUGUUAAGUAUUGUAUUGAAUUGUACCAUUUAAUAAAGAAACUGUUAUUUAAUAAUA